UUCCCAAGGUCUAGUUCAUACACAACACUUUACUUUUCUUCAACACUCCCUACCCUCUCACAUGCCUUCUUUCCUCUCUCUAGAGUUUGUACCUCUGAAGCUUUUUUCUCAGUCUCAUAUGGUUGUCUCUGCUACUGAAAGGUGAGCCCUUUGUAGAACCCCAGUUUUGCAUUUUACACUUCUUCUCUCCAAGGUUUACUUUUCUUUUGCUUUUUGUAUGUGGAAAUGUUUAUCUUAAUUUUGCUGGUUUUUGCUCUUUGUAACUGUCAUGGAUCAGUGGGUUCUUUGAAUAACGAAGGGUUUGCUCUUUUGUCAUUUAAACAGUCCAUAUAUCAAGACCCAGAAGGGUCUUUAAGCAACUGGAACUCCUCUGAUGAGAAUCCUUGUUCAUGGAAUGGGGUUACAUGCAAGGAGUUAAGAGUCGUGUCUCUUAGUAUUCCAAAGAAGAAACUUUAUGGGUUUCUUCCUUCUUCUCUCGGGUCUCUCUCUGACCUUAGACAUGUAAAUUUGAGGAACAAUAGGCUCUUUGGUAACUUGCCUGCUGAGCUCUUUCAAGCUCAAGGGCUACAAAGUCUUGUCCUUUAUGGUAAUGCUUUUUCUGGGUUUUUGCCAAAUGAAUUUGGCAAGCUUAAAUACCUUCAAACUUUGGAUUUAUCACAGAACCUUUUCAAUGGGUCAAUACCCAUAUCAAUUGUUCAAUGUAAGAGACUUAGAAUCCUUGAUCUAAGCCAAAACAAUUUUACUGGUUCUUUACCAGAUGGGUUGGGUUCUGGUUUGGUUUCUCUUGAAAAACUUAAUCUUUCAUUUAAUAAAUUCAAUGGUUCAAUUCCUAGUGAUAUGGGAAAUUUGUCUAGUUUGCAAGGAACUGUUGAUUUGUCACAUAAUCAUUUCACUGGUUCAAUCCCAGCUAGUCUUGGAAACCUUCCUGAGAAGGUUUACAUUGAUUUAACUUAUAACAAUCUGAGUGGUCCAAUACCUCAAAAUGGUGCUCUAAUGAACAGAGGACCAACAGCUUUUAUUGGGAAUCCUGGGCUCUGUGGUCCUCCAUUGAAGAAUCCUUGUUCUUCAGACGCAACUGGUGCAAGUUCACCUUCAUCAAUUCCCUUUUUGCCCGGUAGCUACCCACCUCAAGAUUUGGAUAAUAAUGGUGGUAAGGAGAAAGCAAGAGGACUAAGUAAGAGUGCUGUUAUUGCAAUAAUUGUGAGUGAUAUAAUUGGAAUUUGCCUCGUCGGUUUGUUAUUUUCAUACUGUUAUUCGAGGGUUUGUGCUUGUAGUAAAGAUAAGGAUGAGAGUGGUUAUGUUUUUGACAAGGGAGGUAAGGGAAGUCAGGAGUGUUUGUGCUUUAGGAAAGAUGAGUCUGAAACUCUAUCUGAGAAUUUGGAGCAGUAUGAUCUUGUGCCGCUGGAUAAGCAGGUGGCUUUUGAUUUAGAUGAGCUGCUCAAGGCUUCAGCUUUUGUUUUAGGGAAGAGUGGAAUUGGUAUUGUAUACAAGGUUGUACUUGAAGAUGGUCUCACUUUAGCUGUAAGAAGAUUAGGGGAAGGGGGUUCUCAAAGAUUUAAGGAAUUCCAGACAGAAGUAGAAGCAAUUGGGAAGAUAAGGCAUCCUAAUAUUGUAACUCUCAGAGCAUACUAUUGGUCUGUGGAUGAGAAGUUGCUGAUAUAUGAUUAUAUACCUAAUGGAAGUCUUGCUACUGCACUACAUGGGAAGCCUGGAAUGGUUUCAUUUACACCAUUGUCCUGGUCUGUCCGGUUGAAAAUCAUUAAGGGGAUUGCAAAAGGCUUGGUAUAUCUGCACGAAUUCAGCCCUAAAAAGUAUGUUCAUGGAGAUCUAAAGCCAAGUAACAUACUUCUUGGACAUGACAUGGAACCACACAUUUCUGACUUUGGACUUGGGCGACUUGCUAAUAUUGCCGGAGCGUCCCCUACCCUACAAUCCACUCGAAUUGCUGCGGAGAAACCACAAGAGAGACAACAAAAGAGUGGACCUAGCUCAGAAGUAGCUACAGUUUCAUCAACAAAUUUGGUAUCUUAUUAUCAGGCCCCUGAAGCACUUAAAGUGGUAAAACCAUCACAGAAAUGGGAUGUUUACUCUUAUGGAGUGAUGUUACUAGAAAUGAUAACUGGGAGAUCUCCAGUAGUCCAUGUGGAUACCUUAGAAAUGGAUCUUGUUCAGUGGAUUCAACUUUGCAUUGAAGAACAAAAACCACUUGCAGAUGUUUUAGAUCCAUAUUUAGCUCCAGAUGUGGACAAGGAAGAAGAAAUUAUUGCAGUUCUAAAGGUAGCAAUGGCUUGUGUUCAUAGUUGCCCUGAAAGGAGACCUACAAUGAGGCACGUCUCUGAUGCUUUGAGCAGACUGGUUGUAUCCUCUGACUGAGAAAUCUAAUGGGAUUGUGUAUUUGGGGCUUACUAAUUCUUGAAGACCUUUAUUUUGUCCAUGAAUAUUGAAAAAUGAUGAAAUUAAUCUGUGUAAUUUAUGUCUUUCUUCUUGCUAGGAAUUUUUUUCUUUGUUCUUGGGUCUGCAUAAAGGGGCAUUUUAUUGCUUUUGUAGGAGAUUAGAUUGGCUUGUUGGUGUACAUGUGAAGGGAUGUUUUCUUCUUGCUCUUAUUGCAGACCUUUGUCUCUUUGUUUGUACUGUCUAUGAAAAGUUAAUUACUUGUUUAUUGCAUA